AUGAGGACUAAGCUCCAGCGCAUGCUGACAUACCCUUCCCACCCCAUGCACCUCUCUCUGACAGCACUGAGCAGCUCCUUCAGCGCCUGGCUGCGGCACACUAAGUGCGUGAAGGAAAGAUACCGCAGGUCUUUCCUUCCAGCCGCCCUCUUGAUAGGUUUGUGUCGAGCCUCCACGAUGCUCCGUCCACUGCUCUACCUGUGUGUCCUCAUGGCACUGCAAGGUGCUUCCACGGUUCAAAUCUGCACCGUGACCGGUCCCACAAUCAUUGACUUUAGUGGUGAGCUCAAUGAUGUGACGGAUCGGUGUGAGUACAAUCUGCUGUUAGACACAGACUUUGAGAUGUCUGCUUUCUUCCGGGACCGACACCGUAGAGAUGUGAGCUUCGUGGACAGCGUGACUCUGUCGGAUUCUGGCAAUAUCUUUGAGCUGCAACAAGGAGGCAGAGUCCUGGUGAACAGCGUUGAGGAGUCUCUCAGCAGCACACCCCAAGCCUUCAGUGAUGUUCAACUCUCCAAGGAUGGAAGUGGAGUGACCGCAGUGUUUGGCAACACUACUGUGUUUUUUGAUGGAACCACAGUACAGAUCUCCAUAGAAGACGUUACCUCCAGCAUGGCUGGUCUGUGUGCCAACUCCAGUGAUGUUCCAAGUGAAAGAGUCGUUGAUGGCAGCUGUACCACCCAGUAUACGGACCCUGCUGACAAUACCAUCAACUGUGUUGGCCUGACUGCACGCUGUGAACAGCUGAGACACCCACUGCUCUCCAGCUGCAACGCCGACAUCGACCCAACCCCUUACAUCGACGCCUGCAGCAACACUUUGUGCAUUUAUUCCAGCGCGCACGAUCUCAGGUGUCAGUUUAUGCGGGCCUACGCCAGAGCCUGCGAACAGAAAGGCCACCCCGUACCCAGCGCCUGGUGGUCACAGAUCUUCUGCUCGAAGCAGUCCUUCUGUCAGGACAAGUUGUGCACUGACAACGAGUUCUGUGGCAGGACGUUCAGCGGAGAGAGCGCCUGUCUGUGCAGAGCUGUGUUUGCCUACCCAUACAAUCAAGCAAAAACCCUGGGUGACCCAACGAAGUGCGAGAAUAACAUUGCUUCCCUCAGUCUUUUUAACUGCCUGCUGGAUGAAAGAGGCAUCGACUCCACCCUCCUGCACCUCAUCGACCCCACCUGUAAGGGCCAGCUGGACGAUGCGACCAACACAAUGACUUUCACCUUCAACACCUCAAACCUGUGUGGAGCAAAGAUCUCGGAGGGUACCAGUGAAAUCAACUACACAAACGCCAUCGUGAGCGACAACAACACGGGCCUCAUCACCCGAAAUGACCACGUGUUCAUCGAGUUCUCCUGCUACCGUCCUCAACCUGAACUGAAGAGCGUGGCCUUCAAAGUCAAAGACAGCAGCUACGUUCAAAUCGUGAAUUCUGGGGAAUGGAAUUACACUGUGUCUAUGACGCCCUACAUAGAUGAAAAAUGCACUAAAGUUGUAGCUACAGAAACCGAUGUGAAGCUCGAUCAGAAGGUCUGGGUGGUGAUAAAGACCGAGGGCCUGGAUCCAAACACCAUCUCUGUGGUGGCCCAGACCUGCUGGGCAACCAGUGUGUCAGAUCCUGAGAGCUCACCGACAUACAACCUGAUCGCAGACGGCUGCCCCAACGCUGAUGAUGGCACAGUUCAGGUGUGGAAAAAUGGACAAGGAACUUCCACGCGCUUCUCCUUCAACAUGUUUGAGUUCACCAGACAACCUAAUGAAGUCUAUCUGCACUGCCAGCUGCGGCUGUGUCUGAAGAACACCAAGAACUGUGUCCCGGUGUGCGCUAAAAGGAGACGUAGGUCUUCCAGAUACAGCAAGAGAAACGCUGCCUUCAUCAGCAUGGGCUGGAGUAAAUAG